AUUCAGCCAAAGAGAGCACUAGCACUUAGUGACGGCACUGCACAUCCCAUCCCAACUAUUCAACCUGCCUUGGCGGCCCGCGCUAAUCACCCAAACUACACCUCCUCUGUCCCUCCAGGCCCAGCGUUCUUCUCUCCUUGCAUUCCCAACAUCCCGUCGCCUGCCCAUCGAUCCCCAUCGUCCGUUCAUGAGUGCCGCUUCUGCGACCCCGUACCUUACCCUCAAUUGCCACGCGCCGCCAUCACCACGCUGGCGGAUGCCUCGACCCGCCCUCCGUCCCGCUAUCGCUAGCCAUCGCGGCUACUUGGAGCCCAGAACCGUGACCCUACAUAUGUCGUAACCUGCCUAGCAACAGAGCCUCGUUAUUUCGUGUAUCUGGCAGCUUUUGCAUCUCGAGGUGGUGGGUGGGAGGUAUUGUAGUCCGUCCGAACUCGAGUCCUACAGUCCGCCAUGGAGUCCACUACAGGCGGAGGCUCAGGGUCGAGCAAUUCCAGCGACUUUGUUCGCAAGCUCUAUAAAAUGCUAGAGAACCCGACAGACGAGAACGUAGUACGGUGGGGCAACGAAGGGGAUAGUUUUGUCGUACUCGAGAAUGAGAAGUUCACGAAACACAUCCUCCCGAAGCAUUUCAAGCACAGCAACUUUGCGAGUUUUGUCCGACAGCUGAACAAGUACGAUUUCCACAAGGUGCGGCACAACAAUGAAGAGAAUGGUCAGUCGCCAUAUGGCGCUGGGGCUUGGGAGUUCAAACAUCCAGAUUUCAAGAUGAACAACAAAGAUGCCCUCGACAACAUUCGGCGGAAAGCGCCCGCUCCGCGCAAGGCCAACCAGCCGGCAGAAGACUUGAUGAUCCCCACACAACAGAUGGAUCUGGUGAAUACUCAAUUAGUCGCCACGCAGCAUCAGCUGCAGUCCCUCCAGGAAAAGUACAACGAGCUCAGCAUACACCAUUCCAUGCUGCUUCAGGAGGUGAUUGGGUUGCAGAAGACAGUCGUCAAUCAUGAGCACGUGAUGCAAAACGUGAUGAGCUUUUUACAUUCGAUAGAUGCCCAAAGGCGCCGCGAUAGCAGGGUAGUGAAUCCAUUUGGGCAGACAGGUGGCCAGGCCCAGAAUGGGAACGCCGACACACAGAAUCCGCAAGCCGCUCCUAUUGAAGAGGACGUUCCUGCCUCGCCCCUACAACACGCCUCGAAGCUCCUCAGCGAAACAAACGCCGAUGUAAUGCUAAACCCUAGGAACCUAGAGCACAUGAACGAGAUCACCAUGCGAAUGAAUGGCACGUUGACCACUCCUCCACCCGAAUUUAUGCGAGGAACUAGGCCAGCGAGUCGUGGCGGUGCACCCGCAUCUGCAAGCUCCUCGACGUCUGUGCGAAUUGGUGAUCUGGACAACCUAGUCUAUCCCGUUGGGCAAACGAAUGGGAUCGACCCGAUGUACAGUGAACACAUCAACAACAUUCCAUAUCCAAUGCCAACCAAACCGGCUGAUCUAGCCGACAACCGAUUCCAGGAGGUAAGGAAGAAGAGUACGCAGAUAGACCCUGGGUGGGUACGGCCACCCCAAAUCCUGCUUGUUGAAGACGAUCCGACAUGUCGGCGAAUUGGUAGUAAGUUCUUGUAUGCCUUCCAAUGCUCCAUCGAUAGCGCUCUCGAUGGCCUCGAGGCUGUCAACAAGAUGAACGCGGGCUCGAAAUACGAUUUAGUGCUCAUGGAUAUUAUCAUGCCGAACCUUGAUGGCGUCUCUGCCUGCCAUUUAAUCCGCCAAUUUGACCACACUCCUAUCAUUGCAAUGACAUCCAACAUUCGAAGUGAUGACAUUUCCAUGUAUUUCCAACAUGGUAUGAACGAUGUACUACCCAAACCUUUCACGAAAGAAGGUCUUCUGCAAAUGUUAGAAAAGCAUCUUGCACACCUGAAAAAGCCGGGUCCGCAGAUAGACGGAAUGGUGGCCCCUCAGCCGUUAGCGACAACGAGACAAGUUUUGAAAGAGGAGGAAUCUCCUGCGAAGUCACCAGUAACAGCUAGCAACUGGAACUCACCCAAUCAGAUACCCGGUGUCUCACCAGUGGGCAGCAAUGUCACAGACGAGUAUAUGCAAGCGGUCCAACAAGGCCACGCUGGACCCUACGCCGUCAACACGAUGCCAGGCAACAUUGCCUACAAUACAUCUCCACAGGUAACAAUGCAGGCUAGACAACAAGCCGGACAUCGAAGGCAAAUCUCCGACAUUGCUGGAGGGCCUGACGACAUGAAUAAUCCUGCAAAACGUCAACAAUCCAAGUCGGGCGAGGAGCAGCGGGACGAGCCGCUUCAAGCAGUGAUUCUCGCAGAUCCCUUUGAGACCCGGUUCAACCCCUUCACCCUCGAACGACCCCGGUGUCUUCUGCCCCUCGCAAAUACCCCGCUCAUCGAAUACACAUUCGAAUUUCUAGCCAACGCCGGUGUUGAGGAGAUCUUCGUGUUCUGUGGAGCGCACAAGGAGCAGGUCGAAAAUCAUAUCAACCAUUCGAAAUGGUCCUCACUUUCCUCUCCCUUCUCGAAGCUAGAGCUCAUCCAAUCUUCGUCAAACUCGAUUGGAGAUGCUAUGCGCGACCUGGACACACGGGGUAUUCUGAUCAGUGACUUCCUGCUAGUAUACGGAGAUGUGGUCAGCAAUCUACCCCUUGAGUCCGCGCUGGCGGCUCACCGAGCCCGGCGCGCAGCGGACAAGAACGCCAUCAUGACAAUGGUGUUGCGGGAAGCUGGAACAACACACAGGACCAAGGCGCAACGCACGAAUCCUAUCUUCGUCGUAAACCCGUCUAAAGACAGAUGCCUUCAUUUUGAGCAGAUGCCGAACAGGGAACAGAGGCAUUUUCUCUCCAUUGACCCGGACCUUCUUUCGAACCACCAAGAAAUCGAAAUACGACAAGACUUGAUCGACUGCGGGAUCGAUAUAUGCACACCGGAUGUCCUAGCCUUGUGGAGUGACAACUUCGAUUUCCAAGCCCCACGAAAAGGAUUUCUCCACAGCGUGCUGAAAGACUACGAACUUAAUGGGAAGACCAUACACACGCACAUAGUUACGGAUCAUUACGCAGCGCGAGUCCGCAAUCUCCAUGCCUAUGCCUCAGUCAGUAAAGACAUUGUGUCACGCUGGGCGUAUCCGCUAUGCCCGGAUAGCAACCUACUCCAAGGCCAAUCUUAUCGACUACAGAAAGGUAAUAUCUACAAAGAGGAAGGCGUCAUACUUGCGCGAGACUGUAUUAUCCACCCCAAAACGGUCAUCGGCCGUGGCACUAGUGUUGGAGAUGGCAGCAUCAUUUCAAACAGCAUCAUUGGGCGGCACUGUAAUAUCGGGCGAAACGUCACCAUCGAUGGGGCAUAUAUCUGGGAUCAUGCUAGCAUUGGAGACGGAUGUAAAGUCAAACAGGCAAUCAUAGCGAAUGAGGCGGCGGUAGGGAAGAAAUGCACGAUUGAGCCUGGUGCUCUGAUAUCGUAUGGAGUCAGGAUCAGCGAGGGCAUAACUAUCGGUGGAGAACACAGGAUCACAAAGGCAAAGAGGAAGCGGGAAAACGGAGAAGAGCUUGACAAAGGGCAGCCAGACGUGGCAAUAGUUGGGCAAGGUGGGGACGGAUUCGAAUUCCAGGAUCCAGAUGAUGAGGACGAUGAUGAAAUUGUAGAUGUUCUUGUACCAUCCGCCCCUGUGUAUAACCUCGCGAGCCUCUCCCUGUCGACCGAAUCAAUAUCCACGCUCAACUCAGACUCCGAAGGCGAGUUCGAGAUGUCUCACGAGAGAUCAGCAGCAGGAAGCUUUGUUUCCAUAGGCUCCGUCGACAGUCACGCAAGCCAGCAUGCAGCAAAUUUUGAUCACGACGCCGCCGCAAGCAUAUACGACUCUUUGGUUGAAGGCCAUGAAUCUGCAAACGUCCAGCUGGAACUCACUUCGCUACGGAUGAGUACCAACGCAUCAGAGCAUCAAGUUCGACGCGCCGUUGUCGUGGCCUUUGUGAAACGCAUGGCCCAGCUGAUCAAAUCGGGCACCAGUGUGAGGGACGCGGUCGCACAAGUGUUUGGACGCCAUAGGGAACUACUUGAGCGAACCAUGUUUGACAAGGGCAACUCAGCCAAAGUUGAUCAGGUGGACUUCAUGGUGCUGUUGCAGGCAGACCUCGCGCAUAAGGAGAGCGGAGAUUCGAUCCUUCUGAAUGCUGCAACCAAGCUCGUUGAGAUGGAUGUGAUAGAGGAGGAAGGCAUGUUGCAGUGGUGGGCCGAUGUGAAGUCCAGCGAAGGGGACGACAUGGUGCGAGUGAGGGGGAAGAGUCAGCAAUUGAUAGACUACCUGAACCAAUCAUCGGAAGAGGAGAGUGAAGAGGAUGACGAAGAGGAUGACGAAGAGGACGAUGGCUCGGAGUAG